AAAAUAAAUAUUCAACAACAUCUUUAACAUGGUUUGGGAUUUUGCUGUUGGUGGCGUCACCGAUGAGGUGCCACGCACUAUGGGUCCCGAAUGUGAAAAUUAUAUGACAAAUCGUCGACGCUUUAUCGAGGCGGUACUAUUUUGCAUAUUAUUUGCCUACAUCAUGUACUGGGCGAUUAAACGUUUGGAACCCAUAAAAUUGCCAGAUGCCAAAGAAAUAAAUCGACCAUAUAGUGGCAUGCGAAUAAUACUCUUGCUCACAAUGACAAUGACAUUUGGCAUUGAGAUGGGCUUUAAGCUAGCCAAUAGAUCUGUGAUAUUUGUCUUAAAUCCAUGUCAUAUCCAAACGAUAGUGCAAAUAUAUAUUUUAGCAGCCAAACCCAGCAAACUAACAACGACACUGUUUCGUGUACAAAUGAAUAAUCUGAACGGUCCAGUUCUGGCAUUUCUCUUCCCCGAAGUGGAGUGCCGCACUCUGCCCUUUGAACAGGCCACCUAUUGGAUACAACACGCUAUGCUGUACAUAAUCCCCGUUUAUGUUCUGCGUUCGGGCCUGUGUCAGGUUGAAGAUUUACACGAUUAUAAUUGGUCAAUAAUUGGUGUGGAAUUUCAGUUGUUGUAUCAUUUUAGUGUAUUAAAUUAUUUCUCUGUGAAAACUGGCAUUAAUCUAAAUCAUAUGCUUUGCGCCGCCGAAAGUGAUCCUUUUCAAGGACAAAAUUAUCGAAUUGCUGCUGUGAUACAUGAGUCAAUUCUAUGCCCCAUUCUAAAUAAAUUAACCGUAUAUAUGUUUGCAACACCGGCUAGUAUACAAACGUCAUGCAAACUGAAAGCAAAAACCCAAAAAGAACAACAACAACAACCACAACAAUAUGAAAAGUUAACAAGCAAACAAACAAUGGCAUUAAGCGAUUCAGCAACAUUCGAAGAUUCAGCUAAGCUGAAUUUACAACAAAAAGAACAACAUAAACCGCCCACUAUAAAUAAUCAAUUAUAUUUACAUAAGGAUGGAGGAGAAUGUGAUGGCAAUGAUGCCACAUCACAGUUAAAGCAUCGUAAAACAGCUGGUGCAACAUCCACCUCAAAUGACAGCUGUAGUAAUCAUUCAAAUUAUCCCAGUAGUAGUCAUAGCUGUCAUACACACUGUGAUCAUCAACAAAAUGCAACACUGCAACAACAGCAACCGCAAACGCAACCUGAAACAGAAGAAGAAGACAUAGAUUAUGUUCUCGAACAGGAUGACGAUGAUGAUGGCAUGGAAAUGGUUAUGUCACCAGAAGCUACCCAAAAAGAAGAAAAAGAAGCAGAUGAAGUCAAAGAUUAUGGAAUGCCUACAAACAAAAUUGAUUAG